UUGAAUGUGUUUCUGUAACCAAAUUGAAUGAAAUACUGUCGAUUGGUUUUCUCACUUCCAUUUGAGUUGAUGACAAACAAAUUUUUCGUUAAAUUCAAAAUGGAAUUCGUUGAAUUUAAAGCAAAUAGAAAUACGUCGGGGCGUGCUACAAAUGGCCAAAAGAGGCGGUUACUGCACUUAAUGCAGGAGCACCGCAGCGUUGGAAGGGGCCAAUUUCAGAAACCAAAUGCAAGGAAGGAGCACGAAGAGGUUUGGGCAGCCUUUGUUGCUGAAUUAAAUGCGUAGGGAGGGUCCCACAAGUCCCCUAAUCAGUGGAAAAAGUGUUGGAUAGACUGGAAAUCGGCAGUCAAGAAGCUGCACAAUGCCCACAGAGCGUUCGCCAGACGAACUGGAAACCUGCCGUUGCAGGACGGUCCAAAACCGUUGGAUGCCAUGGACCGGGAAAUUUUGGAGUUUUUUUCCAGCGAAACUGGUUUGUAGACAACUGCUGAAAUGGUCGAUGUUACGAUUGAGAAUGAGGGUGAUGCUACUGCCAACAUUGGGUUGGACGCAAACGCGGACAGUUUGGGCAUCUUCGAAGUGGAGGCACUUGAAGAGGUUGCAAUGGGUCAGGUGCUUGAGGUUGUGCCAAACAAACAGCAACCCAAACAGCGCACAAACCAAAGCUGUGUGGAAGAGGCGACCAGUCUCAUAGAAAAUCAUCUUGCGCAGCUGAAAGAGAUUUUGGAGAGACAGCACAAGGAGCACAUGGGUGUUUUAAACGGAAUACACGAUACCCUGAAAGCUCUGUUGGAAACCAUGACGGGAGCGACUGUUGCAUAAGGAGUAGGCGUAUGUACACUGUUUACACGGGGGCAAGAAAAAAUACUUUUAUAUUUUUC